AUGCUUUGCCAGGCUGGCAUCAAUUCGCACGAGAUCGGCAAUAACAUCCAAGCUUGGGACCUCCAGGCGUGGUCACCGUUCCGCAUCCCUUUCAACAACGGCAAGAACAAUGUUGCACAACUGUUGGCCUUCCUGCGUCUCACGGUCAUGAAGAGCGGAGAAUGGAUUGCAUGGUUCGAUGACAAGAUCGACCUCACUCCGAUUUCGGUCGACUGGCUGGACAUGACCAUUUACAAGCACAACAUUAACUAG